AGCGAUCCUCACGAAUUGCCUGCCCUUCCCUGCCUACCUCCGAAUUCCUUAACUUAACUUGUCCCUGGACCGCCUGGGAGAGUUUGCGCAUGGUUGGUUACAUUCUUUCUUACUUCACUUGUUAAGCGACUCCGACCAUGCUGUCCGCUCCGGUAAAAUCAGCCAAGCGUAUAUCGUCGCUGUUUUCCCUGGGUUCGACCAGGGAUAGCUCGGCUCCCUCCUCACCUGCAUCUCCGAGUAUCCCGAAAGUAUCCCCCGACCAGCUGCCGCAGGAUGCACGUCCUCGCAGCGCCUCCCGAUCCGCUCGUGUAGCCUCCAAUCCUCAAAGCGACUACAGCGAAACCCGCCCACCUCUUCCCCCCGGCCCCCACGACGGUUUCGAUUUGGACGAACCCUUGCCGCCACCUCCAUCCCUCUUGACCGUCAAUCAGGAUCUGGCUACCAGCACCCCCAGCUCCUCCGACAGCAGACCCCAGAGCAGCGGACGCGGCCGCAGUGGAAGUCGACCGUCCAGUUCCACCGGAUUGUUUGUGCCGGGAGGUGGCCCGGACUCGCGCCCGACCACACCAUCAUCCAAGCGACGCAGCUGGAUGCCUGGGCGGGCUCGCGCAAGCUCAGCUGAACCGCGCGCCAGCGCGUCGGCCAUGCCCAGUGCAUGGAUUGCUGGUCUGGAGCAGAAGAUUCUCUAUGAUCUGGAACCUUUGUCUCGAGGAGAACAGAUCCCCGAAUUGUGGAACGAGAAUGGCGAUACUUACGUGUACCUAUUCCCGCAAAAUACCGGCCGACAAGCCUCAUUCAAGGUUCACUCCACGGUCUUUGCAGAAUCUCCCUCCCUCCACUUUCUUGCCCGCGGAAACGAGCUUCGCAGCCCAACGUCUCUCGAGCAGCAAACGGGAAAUUUGUCUCUAAACAGCCCCGCGGCCGACCUCGCGUCGCCGCCAUUGACACCUCAAGACGGCUUGGCCGACAAUGAUAAUGGCAGCUCAGGUAGCCAGCGACUGGCCUACAUGGACGAUGACAGUCCCGAGGAGUUUCAAGAGCUACACCUCUAUCUUCCCAUCCCCUUGAACAGCGAUGUCUCCAAUCCUGCUACUCGAAUUACUGGGGAGGAUUUGGAAAACCUACUUCUUUUCCGCAACCUCUUCGCUUUCUUGUUGGGACAGUCCUUGAUCGCAACGCCCCGGUCCCCAUCUCUCUUCUCCAUCUUCAUGGAUGUCGCAACGCUACUGUCUCGGUUCGAAUUCACCAACUUCGAUGGCUCCAAUUUUGGCGAGACUGCUACCACGAGUUUUGGCAACUACUGCGAGGAACUGCGGCUGGCAGAUGUACGGAAGAGUCGCGAGAAAACGAUUGAAGCCAUCGUUCUGGGUGAGCGGUUGCGAUUCUUACCCCUCUAUCUUGAGGGCUUCGUGCACGGAGUCGGCAAGCUGGAUGAAUUGAAGCAAUUAAGAAGCCCCAAGUACGGUCUCAUCAACCCUGUGACCCAAAAGCGGUUGGAGCGAGGCUUCAUCGAUCUGGAUACCCGUCUUCGGGUGCUGUACAGUAAGCUGGACGAUUUCGACUUUCCUUCCGUCUUUUCUGGUAUCGCCAAUUCGGCCACUUCGGUUGAGAGUAAGGUUGUGCGUUUCAAGAAUUGGAGGAUGGCUUUCAUGGAGUUCCGACGCUUCACGAUGCAGUAUUAUCGCCAGAAAUACGGAUCCUGGCCUCCAAAGGCUCGCUCAAAGAAGAAUCAAUUCGAGGAAAGUGGUCUCAAUCGUCAGGUCGUCAAGGAUCUUUACAAUGAUUUCGCCAAUCUUUACGAUAUGCUGGUCGACCGGGCCGCCCUUACCACCCGCACGCUGGACAUGGCAGCAGAGACGUCCGAGACCACUGACCCCGAUGAAUUGAUGGUCCGGGCUCUCCGGCAGGUUCUGAGCGAGUACGACCGAAGCACGCCGCCAGUCCAACCUCCUAUUCCAUUCGAUAUCCCGAUGUUCCCCUCAUUGCAGACGCUCGAGCGCAAACCGAUGGAUGCAAAGAAGGAAGCCAAGAAACGGAGCAAGAAACUGAAGGAUGCGGACAUCAAUGCUGUUCUCAUGGGCUCGUACUCCCGCGAGAGUCUGCGGCCCACUCCCUUCAUUGAGUCGUUCAUGCAAUUUGAGCGCCGCUGUGCGCACGGCAAGAACAUCAAUGAUAUGAUUGACUUACGUUGCGGCCAGUGGAUUUUCCUGUACUGUGUCAUUCAAUCCCUCCCAUUGGUGGUGGUUGAUGUGCAAGAUGUCAGGUACACGGACGCUGUGGAGUACUUCCUUUGCAUUGCGCCCCGCGGCGGUGCACCGUGGAUUCAAAACGACGGCAAGACUGCACGCAGCUGGUUUGGCGUGGCCAAUGGUGCUGGUGUGGUCAGUCUGCCUUCCGAUGUGGUUAUCAACGGUGUGGAAGGCAUUUACCGCCGCAGUCACUGCUGGCAGGUGGCCGAGCAGUGGGCUGAGAAGGAUGCUAUCCUAGCGCCACCGACGAUCGAGGACCCGUAUGACAACGAGUCUUCGUUGUCUUCACCGUACCAAGCCCAGCAGUCGUCGGCAGGCUCAUCUUCGGAACAACAACAGCUUUCGGGCGGACAGCCCGCUCCCCUCAUGACUCCUGGCAGCCUUGGCCCCCCUCCCCCUGCAAUCCCUCGGCUCAACUCACCGGCUUUGAAUCGGAGAGCAGAGCACCGCACGUCGAUUUAUCCCGGCCUGGAAGCGUUGCCGCUCCCUGCGGGUGUGGCCCCAUUGGAUCCUCCGGCUCGACCCGUUAGCCGAUUCAACCCCAACAUGAGCUUCGAUGACAUUCUGAAGCAGGUCCCGAACCAGCAGAAGAAGAAAUAAGUCUUGGACAAAACGACGCAAUAGAAACACCCGAAGACCUCCUUUUAGAUGUGUAUAAUGUCCGAGAGAGGACCGAAGCAUGAAUGUGGUCCCUUGGAAGCAUGUCGCUCUUCCUCUCCGGUGCUCCAAAUUUCUUUUUCCCAUCCCCUGCAUUACUAAACCUGGUC